GGGAGCUGUAUAGAAAGAGACUUGUGCUUCCCUUCUUCCUUCCUUAUCUCUUCUUCUUCUUCUUCUUCUUCUUCUUCUUCUAUUUCAUGAAAGACAGGUAGAUAUUAAGAUUAGUUUAGAUCAGAUCACACCAGAUAUACAGAAAAAAAAAAUAAAAGAAAAGAGAAGAGAGUGGGAGAGAGAGAUGGGAAACUGUCAAGCAAUAGAUGCAGCAGCCUUGGUUAUACAGCAUCCAAGUGGGAAGAUAGAGAGGCUUUAUUGGCCAAUUUUAGCAAGUGAGAUUAUGAGAAUGAACCCUGGCCAUUAUGUUUCUUUGAUUAUUCCAUUGCCCGUUUCUGCUGAAGAUAAUAAUAAUAAUAACCAACACAACAACAACACUGCUGCUGCUCCUGCUGCUACUACUGUUCAGUUUACUCGUGUUAAGCUUCUCAGGCCUACUGAUACUCUUGCGCUUGGUCAUGCUUAUCGCCUUGUUACUACUCAAGAAGUUAUGAAGGUUUUAAGGGCAAAGAAGUAUGCGAAAAUGAAGAGGCAGCAGCAGCAGCAUCCAGAAUCAGUUGACAAGUCUCAGAUUUUGGCACUGGAGAAGGAGAGUUCUUGCGAGGCAGGAAAGAAAACUGAAACGGAGAAGGAUAAGGAGAAAGAUCAUCGGACGACAAAACAAGAAAGACACCGGCCAAGGACACCAUCCAUCAACUCGACUGCAAUGAGGUCAAAAUCAUGGCGCCCCACAUUACGGAGCAUCUCGGAGGCUGCAAGUUGAUGGUGUUAAUUUUCAAUUUCCAAUAUCUUGAACAGCCCCCCAUGAAAUAUACAAGUAGAUUUGCUUCCACCGUUUACAUAGGCAUGGAUUCCUUACAAGGAGCAAUAUAAAUCCACUCCAUCGAAGGAACGAGUUACCGGAUGUCAAAAAUCAUUGUCAAGAAACAGCAACCAGUUUCGAACCAUUUUCAAGUAAUAAGAAAUCUGUAAAGCUACAAAAACAGCAAUGGAUCUAACAUUGUUUUACAACUGA